CAGUUUGUGCUUACUUUUUGUCUCUCUGGGCAAAACAGAAAAAUGUCGGAGACUGCUCCAGUUGCUCCCGCUGCUCCCGUACCUGCGGAGAAAGCACCUGUUAAGAAGAAAGCGAAGAAAACAGGCGCAGCUGCUGGGAAACGUAAAGCGUCCGGGCCCCCCGUGUCCGAGCUCAUCACUAAGGCUGUGGCUGCUUCCAAGGAACGCAGCGGUGUGUCCCUGGCUGCGCUCAAGAAGGCGCUGGCGGCCGCUGGCUACGAUGUGGAGAAGAACAACAGCCGCAUCAAGCUGGGUCUGAAGAGCCUGGUGAGUAAGGGCACGCUGGUGCAGACCAAGGGCACUGGUGCCUCCGGUUCUUUUAAGCUCAACAAGAAAGCAGCCACCGGCGAGGCCAAGCCCAAGGCGAAAAAGGCGGGCGCGGCCAAACCCAAGAAGGCUGCUGGGGCGGCUAAGAAGCCCAAGAAGGCGACGGGCGCGGCCACCCCAAAGAAGAGCAUCAAGAAGACCCCGAAGAAGGCGAAGAAACCGGCGGCGGCUGUGGGGGCCAAAAAAGUAACGAAGAGCCCGAAAAAAGUGAAGGCAGCCAAACCGAAGAAGGCGGCUAAGAGUCCCGCCAAGGCCAAAGCACCUAAGCCCAAGGCAGCCAAGUCUAAAUCUGCCAAACCCAAGGCUACGAAGGCAAAGAAGGCGGCGCCAAAGAAGAAGUAAAGGUGUAGCGCAAGUCCUGUUCUGAAAAUCUCAAAGGCUCUUUUCAGAGCCACCCACUAAUGUCAGGUAAAAGAGCUUAACUGAAUAUAUUUAUGGAAACCACCAAAAAAACAAGUUGAAAUG